AUGGGAGAAGCGGCCAACGCCGGCAGUGACGGAGCAGCAGCAGCAGCAGUAGGUCUACCUGCUGGUGGAGGAACAGAGUGUCAGUCGAAGCCGUCGUCGGCGCACUUCGUGUUGGUGCAUGGAAUAGGGCACGGGGCAUGGUGCUGGUACAAGAUCAGGCCCCUUCUAGAAAGUUCCGGCCACAAAGUCUCCUGUCUCGACCUCAAGUCCGCCGGAAUCGAUACUUCCGAUGCCUCCUCUGUUCUCACCUUCCAUGAUUACAACCAACCUCUCAUCGAUUUCCUCUCCGCCUUGCCUCCACAUGAUCAAGUGAUACUGGUGGGGCACAGCGCCGGAGGGUUGAGCGUGACUGACGCAAUUCAUAAGGUUGGGAAGAAGAUCCAUGUCGCCAUCUACGUCGGUGCCACCAUGUUGCGUUCUGGCUUCUCCACUGACCUUGAUGUUCUCCAUGGUGCACCAGAUUUAUCCGAGUACGGAGACGUAUAUGAACUAGGGUUCGGAUUGGGACUGGAUCAGCCUCCCACCCGCUGCAUUAUUAAGAAAGAAUUUCAGCGCAAGCUCAUGUACAACUUGAGCCCUCUUGAGGAUUCAAUCCUAGCGUCAAUGCUAUUGCGUCCGGGACCGAUCAUGGCCUUACAACAAGCACGGUUCAGUGAAGGACCGGAAACGGACCAAGUGAAACGGGUUUACAUCAAGACGCUGCACGAUCGUGUUCUUACGCCAGAUCAGCAAGAUGAGAUGAUUAAAAGGUGGCCACCUUCUCAGGUGUUUGAACUGGAGAGUGACCAUAGCCCCAUCUUUUCCACUCCCUUUGAACUCUUUAGCUCUCUCCUCAAAGCCUCUUCGUCUACCCUUUGCAAUUAGGAAGCUUGUGCGCAGUGCCUCCCAACAAUUAAUUUUCAUAAUUU